GAUCUUCUUCGAGGAAGGAGCCAGGAGGAAUACGAUAUGGUAGCGGCAGCGAUUCAACAACUAUACACUGAACUUGGCGAAGCUCAUGGGCUUGCGAACGUGAUCAUUCACAACUCGAAUGGUCUAUUUGAAGGAGACAUCGUCGCGACAGCAGAGGACGUACUGCCGCUGCUAUCAAAGUCGGUUGCUGAUAGAAACCGCGUGAAGAGAAAGCUGAUAAUGGGCUCGCGGCGACGCUGGGACUCGUCUAACCCAAUAGCAUAUAUGAUAUCGCACACGGAGCCGGAUGAAAUUAAAACAAUCGAGUCAGCGCUGCGACACUGGGAGGAGGGCACGUGCUUGCGGUUUCGAGAAACUUCAUCAUCUAGCGGUGGUGAUUAUUUACAGUUCACGAAGAACUCCGGGUGCUUUUCGACCGUGGGAAGAGUCGGUGGCAGGCAAGAAAUAUCCAUCGGCAGAGGAUGUGCCAAACUUGGAGUCGUGGCUCAUGAGAUUGGACACGCCCUCGGCUUCUUUCACGAGCAGUCGAGAUCUGAUAGAGACAGCUACAUUAAAAUUAUAUUCGAAAAUAUUCAAAGAGGAAGAGAAACGAACUUCGAGAAGCAAAAUCACAUUAAUUUUGAUGUCCCGUACGAUCUUUCGUCUCUGAUGCACUACUCUGGAACUACGUUUUCCGUCGACAGACGCACAAAGCUUUCUAUACGCACGCUCAACCCUCUUCAACAACAUAUCAUCGGGCAGCGAAUAGGUCUUUCCUUUUUCGACUUAAAACUGGCGAACAUGGCAUACUGUCAAGACAGAUGUCGAGGAGGUUUGACAAGUAAUGUUUGCAAGCACGGUGGCUACAUAAAUCCGAGCUCCUGCGGUACAUGCAUUUGUCCGGAUGGCUUUUCUGGUGACACCUGCGAGGAUGUGGCGACCCCUGUCGGAGUGAACGACGGUGGGGAGAUUGUACAGCUCGACUGCGGGCGCUCGGCUACCAUCGAGGCAAACAUACGGUCGGGAAUUCCACUCGUAGAAGCAUCGUGGCUAGUAAAGGCGCCCGAUGGAGCUUCGUUGGCGGUUCAUCUGGACAGCAUUGACAUAGUGUGGUACGGCAACUACAUUUACGGAUGCCCCGACUGGCUGGAGAUUAAACACGAUGACGUCACGAAUCCUGGAAUACGGCUAUGCGGAGAUGAAUUCGAUCUGCCAACUUUGCUAUCAGCGAAUGGCGAAGUGUUGAUAACGAUGAAGCAAUAUCAAGGUCGCGGUGGCAGUUUCACAGUCCGGGUCACAGCAAAAUGCUCCGGUGUUGAGCCUCGACCCACCACCUCUAUGUCGUCGCCCGCCCCCGUCGCUCCGACGCCGCCGACGACGACGAGGCGGCCGACGACAACUUCCUCCUUCACGAGAGCUCCUCGGAGAACUACAACGUCAGUUCCGGUCACAUCCGGGAGCAUGUUCCCGCCCUCGCCGGCCACAUCCGGGACCUCGACCCCACCCUCGCCGACCACAUCCGGGUCGUGCAUGUGUUUGCGCUACGAGGAACCCGUCGAGUGCGAGCCGAUGUGUGGAUGCCGUAGAGCAACGAGAACAUGCCUGCAGAGCAGCGCGAAUUGCAGAUCGACAGGCGAGCUGGAUAUGACUGUCCCCUGUGGCAGUCGAUUACCGAGCUGUCGGUCUGCCACCAGGGGGCGCUUCUGCUGUGACGACUGGGUACGAAGAGGCAGAUUCUGCCUGCCACCUCGUAAUAGUAUACGAUUGUAAAACAUGCACGUGUGCAAAUAAUUAUUAAUAUUUUAUUCCAGCGACAUGUGUUAGGGAAUUAAAAGGGCAGUGAACGGGGUUCUCUCAGUAAUCCCCAUCUUAUCCAAAUCCCCGGCGCAGUGGACAUAUUCAAAACUUAGCAUACGAAAUACACGUAUAUUUUAUGUUUAUAGUAUUGCUAUACUAUAAAAUUAUAUUUAUUAAAGUAUCGCGUAUUAAUAAUGGAAGAGAAUAUGCCAAUAUGCGUUUUGAUCAGAUCGUUCAUCAUGGGUUAUUAACUUCUACGUUUAGCGUAACUAUGAAACAGUGCAAAAUUACGGUGACUAUCUACGAUGUUCAUUUCCCUAUAUGACAGCAUUACGUAUACUAUUGCUACAGCACAAUUUUCUGAGGAAUAACAAGCUGAAAAUGGAAAUAGAACAGAAUAACAUUAUAAGAAUAACACUAUAUUGGCAACAGGUAGGGAGGAUGUGUAGUUAGAAGACUGAGCUAGAGAUUAGAAACAGUGGUAAGUUUCUUAGAUGCGUCCACCACACGUUUAACCCACUUGACUUUAUCUGCAAAAUAUUCAGACAAAUUUCGCAUCUUGUUUUUUUAGCCUUCACGCCCCACGAAACAAUACGCGCUAGCAGAAAUUUUAUUUAUUUUUAGAAGAAUACAUUCCGCUUGACUCCCUUUCCAGUUCGUUUCCUUUACCUGUUAUAUUUGACGCGAAAAUGGACCACAUUCAUGCAUCACGCACUCAAGAACUGCGUAAUAAUAUUGACGAGCAAGAACGUGCGUGUAACUUCGUUUUCUCCGCCUUUUUCACUGAUACAUACCUCGCUCUGUAUACACACACAUAUCUUUGUGCUUUAUUAUGAAGAAUUUCAUACACAUACUCUGUAUAGAAACCCACUCAUAGAUAAACGGACAUCUAUUCUAAAGAUCUCUCUCUAUAUAUACCUAUAUCUGAAAUCUGCCGUAGAAUAUAUCUGUACUAUGCAUGCUAUAUGCAAUGUUUUACUUAUUACGCUGUGAGCUCAUUAGAGUAGAUUAAAAUACGCGUAUGUACAGUCGCAUGCACAGACAGGUUGUCUGGAACGAUUUCAGACCAGUCCAUGGGCAAAUAUUUCCGCAAUUUGAGACUGAAAUCCCAUGGAUAUAAAGGAUUUCAUUUGUGUAGUAUUUGAAUUCGAAUAAAGCGAAAGUUGUUAGAAAAUUAUA